CAACACACUUCAGUUAAGUACACUGGGACCUUAAACUUCAAGGUAACACUUUACAAUAAGGUUCAUUAGUUAACAUGAACUAAUAAUGAACUGCACUUAUACAGCAUUUAUUAAUCUUUGUUCAUCUUAAUUUCAACAUUUACUAAUACAUUAUUAAAUUCUUGUUAACAUUAGUUAAUGCACUGUGAACUAACAUGAACAAACAAUGAACUGUAUUUUCAUUAACUAAUAUUAACGAAGAUUAGUAAAUAAAGUAACAGAUGUAUUGCUCAUUGUUAGUUCAUGUUAGUUAAUACAUUAACUAAUGUUUAACUAAUGAACAUUAUUGUAAAGUGCUACCAAAUUCAAAGACGUGUCGUGUUUCAUUUUUUUCUUUUUUUAACACAUGUGUAAAUUUCCUGGCCACCUGUGAUGUCAUCUUCCUGCCAUAGAUACUGUUCACACGAUCCUAUUUUAGGCAAUAUUAUUUUAAGGUUUUAUUUUUGUGUCAUUGACAUAGCCUUGUCUUGUCCGCAAAUUAAAUGAGUAGCUUUCUUGCACACCUUUAGUGAUAACUGAUUUUCGCUAGAUUUUGUAAGCAAUCUGCUUAUAAGAGAUGACGUAUAAAAUAACCUAUUGCAGAUGAAAGAAAAGAAAUACACUUUCUAUUUGUGGUUUGUAAUAACUGCAUUGUUUUACUAAAGGUGACAAAUCUUAAAAAACAAAAUGAGUGUUGUAACGUAAACUCGAAACAUCCUGUGUGUUUCAGUUAUGGGUGUGACUGCAACUCCUUAGUUGUGGUGGUUUUGAUAUCUUAUAACUGAUUUAUGUUCUGCAAAAUGUGACAAUGGCAAAGUUUAACUUGUUUUAAAUAAAGACAUAAUUGAAUAAUUAAUGUUAAUAUUAAUUAGCGGUUAAGUAAUGCUCAUUUGAUUCAGCAGGGAGUAAGAUUCUUACAGAGAUUUUUUUUGUUUCCAGAAUGAAGAGAGAGAGAGAGAGAGAGAGAGAGAGAGAGAGAGAGAGCGCUCCCCCUCGCAUCUCUUGGCCCUGCCUAGUCCUUAGAGAGAUCAACUGAAGUAGCAAGAGAAACUGAGCAUAUAACGGUAUAAGGACAUAAGGGCAACAUUAACCGUAGAAUAAAGGCAGAUCCUUUUAUUGUAUGCAGCUGUUUUUUAAUUCCAUCCAUGCAGAUGACUCUCUUAGGAUAUCUGUGGUUGGUUCACCUGACCUGCAUUGUGCUUGUGUUUAUCUCUCCGGUUCAUUUGGCUCCGAUGCCGGACCAGUACUCUCGGGGUGUGGAUUGGUUAAGCAGGUAUGGAUACCUGCCCCCUCCUGACCCCCGCACAGGGCAGCUGCAAAGUAAAGAGGGCAUUGAGAAGGCCAUCAAAGAAAUGCAACGAUUUGCUGGCCUCAAAGACACAGGAAAACUCGACAGUGACACCCUGAAACUGAUGAACACACCACGAUGUUCACUGCCAGACAUUAUAGGGUCCAAGGACUUGCUGAAAAAACGAAGGAGGAAAAGAAGAUAUGCCACUGUUGGACUCCGCUGGAAAAAGUCUGAGCUCACAUGGAGCAUCCAGAAUUACCCAUCUCUCCAUCCAUUCCUUAAACCCGAUUAUGUACACUAUAUAAUGACCCAUGCCCUUAAAGCCUGGAGUGAUGUCACCAACCUCAAUUUUCAAGCUGCCUCCUCAAGCGAGCAGAACAGAGCCGAUAUUAUGAUCUCUUUCGCUCGUUCGCUCCACGAUGACGGGUAUCCAUUUGAUGGGAAGGGAGGAACACUUGCUCAUGCCUUCUUCCCAGGGGACUAUGAAGUUGCUGGAGAUACUCAUUUUGAUGAUGAGGAGAGCUGGACCUAUAAAGACGACAGCGGCACUGAUUUGUUCGCGGUGGCUGUGCAUGAGUUUGGUCAUGCCCUGGGUCUCUCUCAUUCCUCUACUUCUCCUUCCAUCAUGCGGCCGUACUACCAGGGUGCUGUUGGAGAUGAUAUUGAAGCUUAUAUUCUCCCAGAUGAUGAUCGCCAUGCCAUUCAGUCACUCUACGGAAUUAAGAUAAGCACACCAACAACAUCACCAAACAAACCUACAUCACAACUACCCAAACCACCAAAUCCACCUCAUCCCAAAGUACCAUCACAACCUGAUCCGUCAAUCCAGAAUCGUUGUGAGGGAGGCUUUGAUGCAGUGGCAAACAUCAGAGGGGAGAUUUUCUUUUUUAAAGGUCCAUAUUUCUGGCGAAUCCAGCGGUCUAGAUCUCUUGUGUCCCUUCAGCCUGCUCUCAUAAAAAACUUCUGGAUGGGUCUUCCUCCUGGCACUGACAAGAUAGAUGCAGUUUAUGAAAGAAAGUCGGAUAGCAGGAUCAUCUUCUUCAUAGGCUCACAGUACUGGGUAUUUAAAGACACUGCGGCGAUGUCUGGUUAUCCACGUCCGUUGUCCGACUGGGGGCUGAUCUCUCAUGAUGGAAAGGAGGCGAAGAGCGUGGAGGCGGCCUUCGUUUGGGCUCAUAAUGGAAAAACCUACAUCUUCAGCGGUGGAGAGUUCUGGAGGUUCUCAGAGGCUGAGAAGCGUCAUCAAGACGCAGGUUAUCCCAGAUUCUCCUCCCUCUGGAAGGGCGUGCCCAGUAACCCUGAUGACAUCAUCACCGGGGAAGAGGGAGAUGCCUAUUUCUUUAAGAACAACUCGUAUUGGGUGGUGAAGAGCGGAGAAUUGGAUCAAGACAGUGUCACUCGCAAAUCAACCGCAGUUGAUUGGAUGGAGUGUCCAGAACCGACUCCAACCACACUUCCAGGCAAUCCACGUGGAAGAGGAGGAGACUGUAACUGUGGCAUCAGCGGAGCCUUACAGAUGAGUGCUUCAUCGUGGUUACUGUUAAUCACAGUACUGCUUUAUCCAGCUGUCUUCAUAUAGGGCUCGACUUGCAAUAACUGUUGUGUCAUCGGCCUUAUGUUACAAAGCACUUAAAGUGAUAUCCAAUAUCCAAAUAUUACUUUAGAGCAGCUUCACAUGGUAAAAGACAUGGUUUGAUCUAUGCAGGUUUAACUUACAAAUAUAUUAAAAUAAAUUAUUUUUAAGCUUUUUUUUUUUUUAGAAUAAAGUUCAAGGUUGAAAUGGAAUUAAUAUGAAUUCAUUAUUUAUAGCUUUUGCUGUCACCCUGUUUCAUUGUUCAAAAUAUUGAAUUGUAAUCCAUUUGACUUUGUGCCUAUAUUUCAUCUGUGACUACAGGGUUAAAAAACAGUACGAAGAUUUAUCUAAAUUCAUUCAUUUAUAUCAUGAAGGCAGCUUAAGACAUGCUGCGUUCUGUGUGUAGUCCAAAUGAUCUCUAGCUGCAAUGACAAGUAGGAUCCACUUGAGGGCAUUAACACACAGUGUGGCAGAGCUUCAAUAUGUUAGUGGUAGUGUCAAAUUCAGUUCCUUAAAGGAUUAGUUCACUUCAGAAUUAAAAUUUCCUGAUAAUUUACUCACCCCCAUGUCAUCCAAGAUGUUUAUGUCAUUCUUUCUUCAGUCAAAAAGAAAUUAAGGUUUUUGAGGAAAACAUUCCAGGAUUUUUCUCCAUAUAGUGGACUUCAACAGUAUAACCAACAGGUUGAAGGUCCAAAUUGCAGUUUCAGUGCAGCUUCAAAGAGCUCUACACAAUCCCAGACGAGGAAUAAGGGUCUUAUCUAGCGAAACAAUCAUUCAUUUUCUAAAAAAAAAAAAAAAUGUAUAUACUUUUUAAUCACAAAUAUUCAUCUUGCGCUGCUGUGCGAUCCGCCACGCAUGACGUAAUCAUGUUGGAAAGGUCACGCGUGACAUAGGCAGAAGUACCGAUCCAGUAGGGCUGGGUGAUAUGGCAAAAAAAUAUUUUUUGUUUUUUUUUUUUUUUUUGUUUAACUAGUCAACUUAAAAACUACAAUAUGAUUCAAGUAACAUUUUCUUUAUUAACAAUCUGGUUAAAAAAAAGUGCACCACACAUGAAGUGAUCAACAUGGUGUAAAUGUAAAACAAUUUGUUAAAUAUCUUUGCAGAAAAUAUGCCUGAAAUAAAUAACACCAGUAAUAGGCUAAUAUUAACAGCAAAUGCUUUGUAAAAACAGAAAACAACAGAAGCUUUCAGCCUGUCACCAUCAUGCAAACAUGAAAUAUCAAACAUACAGUAGUAGUCCUUUACAGGUUUUUGCAUUCCAUUGCGCUAUUUGUCGUAUUGUUUUUAUGUUUGGCGCACUCGUGUCUCGUGUCUUUUGCAGCGUCUCACCCAUGAAAUGGCAUUCUAAAAACAUGGCGGUCAAGUUAAAGAAAGUUCAACUCGCGUUUAAUAACUUUGCGUUUUUUUUCUCAUUCCACUGCCUGCGUCUCAUUUUUAUAACGCAAUAACGCAUUUCUGAAUGAACAGCCGCUUAAGAAUAGUGAUGUGUUCUACAUUCAUGAGAGCGGUUAAUCAGACGCGCCGGCGCCAUCAUGAGGUCGGAUCAUUUUCUUCUCCUAAUACGGUUAUCAUUGCUGUAUUGUCAACAUGUCUAAUUGUAAAGCUUGCUAACAUUUUUAUUCAAAAUCGCGAUUUCUCGAUUUCAAAAAUAAUAAAAUUGAGGCAAAACAUUAAAUUCAAAUUAAUCUGAAAAAUCGCCCAGCCCUACCAUCCAGUGUCUACAAAGCGAAUGUGCAAACGUCCUUUACAAAAAAAAAGUAAAACAAUGUUUUUCGCCCUUCGCAGUACUUCCGGCUACGUCACAUGUGACCUUUACAACAUGAUUAUGUAAUGCGUGGUGGAUCACAGAGCUAGUGCAAGACGAGCAUUUGUGGUUAAAAAGUAUAUACAUUUUUAUUUUUUUUAGAAAAUGAAUGAUCGUUUCACUUGAUAAGACCCUUAUUCCUCAUCUGGGAUAGUGUAGAGCCCUUUGAAGCUGCACUGAAACUGACAUUUGGACAUUUGGUAAGUCCACUAUAUGGAGAAAAAUCCUGGAAUGUUUUCCUCAAAAACCUUAAUUUCUUUUCAACUGAAGAAAGAAAGACAUGAACAUCUUGGAUGACAUGGGGGUGAGUAAAUUAUCAGGAAAUUUUUAAUUCAGAUGUGAACUAAUCUUUUAAGGGCCACUGUCCUGCUCCACUGUUCAGCUCCAACCCUAGUUAAACACACCUGAACCAGCUAAUCAAGGUCCUCAGGAUUACUAGAAACUUCCAGGCAGGUGUUUUGGAGCUAAACUCUGCAGGACAGUAGUGAAGUUUAACACACGAGGGGGCCUCAUUUAUUAAAACGUUCAUACGCACAGAUUUGAACUUAGAAUGCGCGUAUGCUAAAAUCCACACCAACGUUCAGUUUUAUAAAAAUGGACUUUGGCAGAGAGUUGGGGUGCUGCAGGUGUUUGGAAAUCUAAGCAAUUCUUGUCGCUUGUCGUUCUCAAGUAAAGGAUAUGGACAUUGACUAAUGCUAUUUUAUAUAUUAAUGACAGUAAUUAGGCGGCGUUUACAAGGCAGAGAUCUGAAACCAUUCACAAUUUCAAGAUCAUUUGCGAUUUAUAGAUCUGGAAGAGAGGCGUAAGCACUUUUUUUUUUUUUUUUUGAGCGUACGUUCAUUCUUUGAAUCACACUUACGCAUAUUUGAGAAAUGAUCGUCAGAUCAAAUGUAGGACUGUUUCUACACAACAAUUUAUAAAUGAGCCCCCUCAUCUAGGGCCUUGCUUAAAUUCACAGGGCCUGGAACCUGUUUUGCUGGGACAUUUUGAUAAAGGUGUAUGGAUCAGUGGCAUGAUGCUUUUUUGCCUGGAUCUAAAUUUUUAUUAAAACAUUCAUACAAAUGCAAUUCAUAAAAGUACAAUAAUAAUACAAUAAUAUAUGAGUUUUAUUCUUUUAAUGAGUUACAUUCAUUAAAAGAAUAAAACUCAUAUAUUAUUGUAUUAUUUCUAUGAGCAACAACAACAAAUUCAUUACUUAUUUGGAAAACUUUUGUCUUGCAAUUCAAAAUCAUGUGAUGUGCAGAAACACAGAAAAUGUGUCAUGGUCAAUUAAGUUUCUUAAAAUAUCAGAUAAUUUGAGCUUUUUUAUGACAAGGCAAGGUAAAUGUGUUUUAAACAAGAUUUUUCCUUUUACUUUGUUAUCUGGCAGCACAGCUCACCUCGCCCCGUCCAGAUUUAUUGCUAAUGUACUUAAUAAAAGCAUUUUUCAUUCCAGACAUCAGACCCAGUGUUUAGUAUCAGUGAGAUAAUAUUACAGUAGGUUACACUUUCUUUUGAUGGUCCUCUUUAUACAUUCUGUGUACUAACUAAUACUCUAAUGAGAGUUAACGUUACUUAUAGCCAACAUACAUGUCUAAAAGGGGAGCAUCAAAAUAAAGUGUAAAGUUUAAAAUAUUUUAAUCAGUUUUUAUUUUUGUAUUAUCUGUUUUCAUUUUAAAUUUAAAUUUUUAGUAAUUGUGUAUUUGUCAUUUUUAUUAAUUACUGUUUUUUUUAAUAUGUCUAAAUCAUUUUUAAUUAUAUUUGUUUUAAGUUUUAGUUAUACAUCAAGUGAGAAAUGCUGCUUUGGCAACUGGAUGAAAUAUUUUUAAUAAUAAAAUUAUUAAAAAUAA